GAUGGUCGCUGGAGAUACAGUGCUGUGAAUAAUUCUGAAAUCUCCAGUAUUGGCUCUGUAAAUAUACGUCCAUCCAAUUCAAGGUCACAAGGGGAGUCGGAGUCUGUCCCAGCAAGCCACACGUGCCAAGGAUCUGCAGUAUCUGAUUCCAGCUUCACAUGGACUGAAUGUCACCCUGCCUGCUAACUUGGAGAAACAGACCACGAUGCUUUAUAAUGGACCGUGAUCAUCUAUAGAACCGAAGGGCUGUUCACUGUUAAGCUCAGCUGAAAACACAACAUGGACAUGUGCGAACACCAGCAUCAUCAUGUGGUUUUCCUGGCGCGCUUCCCUUCCUCCUUGCAUAUUUUGGUUUGAUAUCUUUUCUCAUUUGCAUAAUAGAUGGUUAGAAAUAGAACACCACGCUGCAAAGGGUCAGAACCUGUGGAAUGCAAGAAAUAAAACUGUUGUCCAGAUACAGCUCUCUGUUGAACUGAAAUAACAAGUCCUUGCUUGGCACUGGGCAUUUGGCUUUUUAAUUUACUUAAUGCCAAUGAGAAGGAACACAAGAUUUCCUUAUAACUGCGUUUUUUGUCCACAAGAAUCUGUUUAUCAUUAUUGUCCUAGUGCGGCAGUAUAAAUUUGUAAGCUGUGUGCGGCAGAGAUGGCAGAGGACAGUUGUAAUAUUACCUUAGCUGUUGACAGUGUAGGACUGAUAUCCAUCUAUAGCUUGGUGUUCGCACUGGCAUUGCCUUGCAAUCUGCUAUCACUGUGGGGACUCUACCGGCUUCUCCGUUCCGGCAACGUAAUGCCCAUCUUCAUCUUUAAUCUGCUGGUGUCUGAUCUUCUCCAGGUUCUCACCUUCCCCAUGUGGAUCAUCUACUUGAAAAACGGGCACCAGUGGACCUUUCAGGCUGGUGCCUGUAACUUUGUGGGUUUCCUCUUCUACAUUAACCUCUAUGCCAGUGUGGCAUUCUUAAGUCUGGUGGCACUGGACCGCUAUCUUGCCAUCGUUCACCCCCUCAGAAGCAGAGGGUUCCGGACAGUCAAGGUGGCACUGGUCACCAGUGUGAUUGUGUGGGUGGUCACUUUCCUGUUUUGCCUCAGUGGGCUUUACCCCACUGUCUACGACGAGAAAAAACAACUUUGCCUGGAAAAAUAUCCUGUUGCCAAGCGGUAUGCCAUGUUCAAGAUAGUAACCGUUAUCCUGGGAUUCCUGGUGCCUUGUUGCAUUCUAGGGUACACAUCUGUCCGAAUCCGCUGGGAACUGCGUUCCUCCCCAUCUGUGACCCAAGAAGAGAGGAGGAAGAUUGUCGGAAUUCUGUGCAUCAUCACAGUCAUCUUCAUCGUGGUUUUUGGCCCUUACCAUUUAGUAGGAAGCUACAAGUUUGUGUAUUAUUUCAUCACCGACAGCAACUGUGACAUGGAAAGGACUCUCUUCCUCUGCUACCGCUUGUGCUACGGGCUCACCAGCCUCAACAGCUUGCUGGAUCCCCUCCUCUACAUCUUCAUUUGCGAUAACAUCAGGCAGGAGCUGAAGAAGUCCCUGCCAUGCCUGAGGGCAUACAAGAUGAGAAAGGAAAGCCAAGUCCAACUCAACAGCAAUGUUGAAAUUGCAUCACUGUAAGAAAACAGGCUGUUCUGCAGCAGCCACUGUGGACAAAUUCAAAACCUCUGUAUUUAAAUUCGAAACCAUCCAUCCUUCCAUUUUCUAAACCUCUUUACAAAGUGCAGGGUCACAGGGAGGAUGCUGGAGCUAUCCUGGCAAGCCAUAGGUGGACACAUUCACACCAGGGCCAAUUUUCCAAGAAGCCAAUUGACCAGAAGCCAGUAAACCAAAGAACCGGGAGGCAAAAGGCAGGAAACAGUCUGGACAGGAUGCCAAUCCAUUGCAGGGCACACAGACAUGGACACAAACAUUCACCAGGGCCAAUUUUCCCAGAAG